AAUAAUAAAUUAGUAUUUAUACAGAUCCACAAAUCCCCAAUUCCCAAUUCAUUACGAACAGCCCUAAAGAUUUUGCGUACAAAUCAUUUGAAGAAAUUUUGUUGUCAUGGGAGGCCAUGGAGGUCUGAAUAUUCUACCGCAGAAGCGGUGGAAUGUGUACAAUUAUGAAAACCGAGAGAAAGUUCGCCAGGACGAGGAAGCCGCGGCCAAAGAGGAGCAGCUGAAGCGCGAGCAAGCAAGGAGACGCGAUUCCGAGUUUCGCCUCGAGCGCCUCCGCGUUGCCCGCAACUUGGCUCCAGUGACCCGAUCUGCAGAGCCCGAUGAAUUGGAGCCUAAGACUGGCCAUAUUAACCUCUUCGAGGGGAUUAAGAUCUUCGACCCUAUUAAGGGUUUAGAGAACGAGGGAGGUGAUGAAGGAGGUGGGAUUAAGAAGAAGCAGAAGAAGAUGAAGAGAGAGGAGGCCGCGCCCAAGGUUGUGGGUCCGGAGGAUGAGAAGUAUAGGUUAGGGUACGGGUUAGCGGGGAAAGGAGUCAAGUUACCCUGGUACCUUGAAAGGCGAAGCAGCAAUGAGAAUGGCGAGAGUGGUAGGGAUAAUGGGUCAGCGAGAGGAGUGGAGGAGGAGGGAAAGAAAAGUGGGAAGAAGACUUUGGAGGAGUUAAGGAAGGAGCGGUUGAAAAGAGAAAAGCGGGAGAAGGAGAGGGAACGGGCCUUAAUGUUGGAGAAAAAUCGAAGAGAUGGAGCUGGCUCUAAGGAUAGAGGGUUUUCCAGGAGGAUUUGGGUCGUUGUAAGCUUUGGGAUUGAGAAAAUAUAUUGCACACUGGCGACUCAUUUCCAUGUAUAUUCUACCCGAGAUUCUCAAUUUCAUAUGAAGUACGACUGCAUUUCAUUUGCAGUCGAAUUCUGGAGGAAGUCUCCCUUGCUCGUUUUUGAAUUUGGUCGAGUAAAAAGUAUCGUAGUUACUUGGAAAGAAUGAAUCUUUGUACAUAAUGCAUUGACCCCGGAAAUUAUGUUUCAGAGAAUAAAAUUGAAUGGACUAUACUAUUAAUUGUAA